CGGUGGCGUGCGACGUGUGGCGGCGGCCGCGCGUGUUUCAGCUGUGGGAAGCGGUCUGAGCUGUGGGUUUGGAAACUACGCGGGACCGUGAGGUGUCUGGGACCAUGAGGUGUCUCGGCCCGCUCCGGCGCGUAGUUUUUUAGGCUUACGCCGCUAAUUGUGUUGUCUCCGCUCCGCCCUGUCCGGGGAGAGGGAAGCGCAGGGGAGGUUCUGGGGGAAAGAACUGGAGCUCCUGAAGGGGAAGAGAGUAGCCGCGGGGGGAGGUGGGGCUUGGAGCGCCUGAGUGCAGGGCUGCAGCCCAGAAUUGGGGAGCAGUCGAGAGGGGAGGUUCGCUAUAGGCUAGGUCCGCACCCGCCUGGAUCGGGGCUGGUCCCGAGGAGCGCCUGGGGCAGCCGAGCGAUGUUUGGGGCCCGGUGCCUGGUCCGAGCCCUGCGCUCCUGUUCCUCCGCUCCCUGCCCGAGACACAAACCUUCAGCGAGACUGAGCGUGCGGGAUGCUCUCGGGGCCCAGAACACGAAUGGGGAGCGCGUUAAGGUCCAGGGAUGGAUUCGUUCAGUCCGAUCCCAGAAGGAUGUCUUGUUCCUGCAUAUAAAUGAUGGAUCGGCUUUGGAAAGCCUUCAGGUUGUAGCAGAUUCAAGCUUUGACAGUAGAGAACUGGCUUUUGGGAGUUCUGUGGAAGUUCAAGGGCAGCUGGUAAAAAGUCCAUCCAAAAAGCAAAAUGUGGAACUGAAGGCAGAAAAAAUUGAAGUUGUUGGAAAUUGCGAUGCCAAGGCUUUCCCUUUUAAAUAUAAAGAGAGGCAUCCUCUGGAGUAUCUAAGACAGUAUCCUCACCUUCGGUGUAGAACUAACACUCUGGGUUCUAUACUGAGGGUUCGCAGUGAAGCCACAGCUGCUAUUCAUUCUUUCUUUAAGGACAGUGGCUUUGUGCAUAUUCAUACUCCAAUAAUCACAUCCAAUGACUGUGAGGGAGCUGGAGAACUGUUCCAAGUUGAGCCUUCAAGCAAAAUUAAGGUGCCUGAGGAGAAUUUCUUCAAUGUUCCUGCUUUCUUAACUGUUUCGGGACAACUUCACCUAGAAGUGAUGUCAGGAGCUUUUACUCGAGUGUUUACCUUUGGUCCAACGUUCCGAGCAGAGAAUUCUCAGAGCCGGAGACACCUGGCAGAGUUUUAUAUGGUAGAAGCAGAAAUUUCUUUUGUUGAGAGUCUUCAAGACCUCAUGCAGGUUAUGGAGGGACUUUUCAAGACUGCAACAACGAUAGUUCUCUCAAACUGUCCUGAAGAUGUUGAACUCUGUCACAAGUUCAUAGCUCCUGGCCAAAAGGACAGAUUAGGACAUAUGCUAAAAAACAACUUUGUAAUCAUUUCUUAUACUGAAGCAAUAGAGAUCUUAAAGCAGUCAUCGGAGAACUUCGUCUUCACCCCAGAGUGGGGUGUUGAUCUGCACACUGAACAUGAAAAGUACCUGGUGAAGCACUGUGGCAACAUACCAGUCUUUGUCAUUAAUUAUCCAUUAGCACUCAAGCCUUUCUACAUGAGGGAUAAUGAAGAUGGCCCUCAGCACACAGUUGCUGCUGUUGAUCUUCUGGUUCCUGGAGUUGGGGAGCUCUUUGGAGGAAGCCUCAGAGAGGAACGGUACCAUUUCUUAGAGCAGCGACUGGCCAGAUUAGGACUAACGGAAGCCUACCAAUGGUAUCUGGACCUCCGUCGAUUUGGAUCUGUUCCCCAUGGAGGUUUUGGGAUGGGAUUUGAACGCUAUCUGCAGUGCAUCUUAGGAAUUGACAAUAUCAAAGAUGUUAUCCCUUUUCCAAGAUUUACUCAUUCAUGUGUUUUAUAGCUGGAAGACUGGUUAAGGAAAAUCAUCCCGUGCCAGAGGUACUGCAUGCGAAUAUGCAUACAGGAGAAUGCAUGUUUGAAUUUUAGAAAUGGAGUUUUCGGUAUGUAAUUGUCAUGCCAUAAGAUAGAGCAUAUGAAAAAUAGAAGUGAUCAUGAUUUUCUUAGAAAGUUGAGAGCAUUUCAUGGAAAGAUGAACUCCCUCAAGAAGAGGUACUUGUGGCUGGUAGAAUCUCAAAUCUAUUAUGUCAAUUAAGAAGAAACGAAGAGACUGAACUGUGGUCUCAGAGGUCCUUUCGAACUCUCAAGACCGGAUGAGAGAGUGUUAUUUUAAUUUGUUUUUAAUCAUUAGAUCACUGCCCUGCGUGACCUUUGAGAACUACUAAUAGCUAAAAAGAAAAUGUUGUUGGAUCUUUUCUCACAUGCCAUUGAUAAAUGCCCAUCUUAUUUUCAUCACUUUACUAGACAUCACAGAAAAAAAUAUUCCUUUCGGGGUCCUAAUUGAGUUAAUAAAGUUACUAUUCUGAAUUGAAACCUUCUUUCAUCAGACUGGGUGAAAAAAGUGACGUUUAGUAACUGUUGAUCUUUAAUUAUAAAAGUGAAUGAGAUGUAUUAAUUAGCUGAACUAAUGACUGUUGUGUUAUAAUUUGUUUAUAGUAGCUGUUUAUAACUUCUCUAAUAAUCAGUAAAAUAGAUUUUUGAUACCUAUGAAUGAAAAAUACAGUUACAUUUUUAAAUUCCACUUGGCCUUUUCCCAGUGAAAUUUGGAAGGUUGGUAUUUUCAGUGCAGAUGAGGAUGCAAAUAUAGCUAAACCUCAAGAAUGGGUGAUUCUGGACUCAAAAAGUAAUACUGUCUUUUAGAGUUUUUGAGAGGAUUGCUGAUUUGGGAGUUCGAGGCUUGACAAUUGUAGCACUUUAUGUGUGUGAUUUUAGACAGCCACUUACUCUGUAUGAGCUCAUACAUCAUUUUCCUCAGAGUUGAUACAACAGUUACCUGAAAGUAGUGUGUGUGUGUUUAAAAUUGUGAAAUGCUACACAAAUUGUUUUAACUUUUAGUCUUCGUUGAGUUACAUAUCUAUGACUUACAGCAAAGUUGUAUACUCAGUAGACUUUGUAUGUAUCAAAUAAUGGUAAACAGCAUGCAUGCCUGAAUAAUCAAUUUUCUGUAUCCCAUUAGGUAAUUUAUCUUAGUUUAUUUCCUAAUGAGUUUGUAUGUGCACUUUAUUUCAUCCUGACUCAAAUCAAACAACUGAAAAGAACUGCAGAACCUUAGAGCUGGAAACCACAGAAGUCACUGAGAUGGUCUCAUGAUCAAACUUCUGCCUGAUGCAGAGAGAUCCUAUGUACCUAGGCAGCCUAUUCUUGGCAAAGUGCUCAGUAUCCCACCAAAUAGCUCAUUCCAUUUCUACAUCUCUCUAAUUGGAGCUUUUGCUGAGCUAAAAUCUACUUCCUUAGAACUUUAAUCCCCUGUGCUUCAAUACCAAGUUUAGGACAGGACAAAAGAGGUAAUUAGGACUUUCAUAAAGCUUGCCUCAAUCAUGGGUUAGACAAUAAAUUCAUUUGUUCAACAAAUAUUAUUUGAGUUUAUUCUGUGCCAAGAACUGUGCUAGGUGCUAAAUAAAUGAUAGUGAAUAAAACAGAAAUGACCCCUGCCUUCAUGGAAUUUACAGUCUAUUAGAGAAGAUAUACAAUCAGUAAGCAAACAAAUGUAUUAUUUCAAAAUAUGACAAACUAUAAAAUUUUAUAAAGAGCAGGGCAAGCAUAGAUAAGCUUGCUAGAGAAGGCAUCUCUGAAAAGGUGAUCUUUUAAUCUUAGACCUGGGACAUAAAUGCAGAAACUAUUCUAAAACAUUCUCAGCAUCAGUCAGUAUUGAUUUGACAUUCAAGUCUUGAUACUGUAUUAAUUUUGUGGAGUGAGAAUCACAAACACUCACAGGUCCCCAACCCGGAGGCACUAAUAUUUUCCAAAGCUAUCAGGAAUCAUGUCUCCAGCGAUUCUUGAGGAACCAGAUAGAAUUCUAAUGUUAACAUGAUGGUGGGGCCUCCUAAAUAACAGUGCUAUAAAGACUAGUGAAUCAGAAAAAACCCAGGUUCCCAUCCCAGUGCCAUCAUGGCUGUAGCUGUGGAACACUAACCAAGCAAGAUCAUCUUUGUGCCCUCCCAUUAUGUCACCUGCAGAACUGUCCUUUCCAAGUGCGAGAAGGUCCUUCUCAAAUAAACCUUGUUCCCUGCCUCUUUGAUAGUCUUCAGCAGUGUAUUUCCCAACUUUCAUACUUACUCGUUCUUUUCCUUUACAUCUGAUCACAUAGUGAGUAUCUGGUUGAAGCCAAACACUUGCCACUCUUAACAAGCCUAAAAAUUUACAUCUUUGGCUCAAUACUCUUAUUUUACUAAUAACUGAACAACAACAAAUACUGAUGUCAGACAAAGAUGAUGAAAAUGUGAAAACUAAGCAGCAACAGCAGGAAAGAAACUUUAAAAUGUCCGUUUGUCAGCUGGUAUGUGAAUAUCAAUUAUAUGAAGCAGCUUCAUAUAAUUGUGUGUUUAAUGAAGAGAAGUGUGGAUUUAAUAGUUGAGGACAGACUGUACUAUGAUAAUAAUCUUAUGGGACAAUUUGUGAGAGAAAAGGUGACUUGAGAGUAUUAAUUUUUAUUUGAGUAACUAGUUUCCAAUGAGGGAAAAAUCAGAUUCUGUUUUCCCAAGAUUUCCAAACAUCACCUCAAAAUAGUAACCCCAGCCACCCAAGAAAGAGUGUAUUUUGAAACUUAGAAAUUGUUUUUCCAUCAUUAAUUUCCAUUCUCAUUUCAAAUUUUGAAGUAGGUGGAGAAAAAUAGUUACUUUCCAUCUGGCUGUCCUUUUGCCUGGGGAAGUUGUGCUUUUUUUCUUUCUUUCUUUUUUUCUUUUUUGGUCUGACAAGAACUUAAUUGUGUGAGUGAUCCAUUCCAGAUCUAGACCUAACUCCCCCACCCUCUGACCCA